AUGUAUCGUGCAGUAUCUAUAGUGGAUGAAGAUGACAUUGCAGCAUAUACAAUCAAAACAAUAGAUGAUCCGCGAACAUUGAACAAAACAUUAUACCUUCGUCCACCAGAAAACGAACUCAGUCAAAAACAAUUGGUCGAGAUGUGGGAAGACCUCAUAGGCAUGAAACUAGAACAUAUCUCCAUUUCAGAAGAAGACUUCCUUGCCUCUAUGAAAGGCGCUCUGACAAACUUUGAAAUCGGGGAAGAAGGAGAAGAAGCUUCAAAGCUUUACCCAGAAGUGAACUACACCCGCGUGAAUGAAUACAUAAAAAUUUAUGCAUGA